AUGAAACAAAGUAAUGGAAGCGGUGCUUCUGGUUUUCAUUCAUUCAAAGGAUUAAAUGAGGCAGAAGUAGCGAAAACAACAGCUGAAUUAAAAGCGAAAUACCAAUCAUCGUCCACCCCUAAUGAUUUAUAUAAUUUGAUUGAUGAGAUUGAUGCUGCCAUGGCUAACAUAGACAAUAAUCUUAAUAAUUUUACAGCAUUGAAUUCCGGUAGACUCCAACAAGAUAUAACCAAUAUAGAGUUGGCAAGAACUACUAAAUUGUCAUCUACAAUUUCAAAUUCGAGUAAAUUAACGUCGAUUUUUUCACAAGCAAAUGAUUUGGGCCAUAAGUUGACGUUUAAAAUCAAAUCAUUAGAUCAAGAAAUUGGCAAUGUAAACAAAACGUUGGACUACGUGACAAAUAUUCAAUUAUUAAAAAAUAACAUCAACCAAGCAAAUUAUGCCAUUGAACACAAAAAUUGGGAAUUGGCCGCUCAAUGUAUACAUACUAUCAAUUCAAAAAUCCCCUCUGAAUUGAUUUCUGGCAAAUAUGCAUCGGUUGUGAUUCCAUCCACCGAGUUGCCAGAACUGCCUACAGUUGCAAUAGCUAAUUGGAUAGAUAAGUUAACCCAAGUGUUUAAGGAAAAAUUCACCGAGGCAGCAAAAGCUAAAAAUGUUGAACAAUUGACGAAAUUUUUCCAAUUAUUCCCACUAAUCAACCAGGAAGAGAUAGGUCUUAACUGUUAUUCCAAAUUUAUUUGUGAAAUCAUCAAUGAAACAUCUAAAAGUCUAACAGCAGGGUUGGAGAAUGCCCAUGAUUUGAAACCCGCUAUUUUUUCUAAUGUUGUCAUGCAAUUAUUUGAGAACAUUUCCAUGAUGUUGUCUCAACAUGGACCUUUAAUCAAAAAAUACUAUAGUGCUACAUAUCCACUGGCAUUGUCAUAUGUUAUUAGCAAAAUCCAAAGAGAAAUCGAUUUACAAGUUGGAAUUAUUGCUGACACCUUUUAUGAUUUAAGAAGAUUAGAUAAACAUUUUCAAGACAUCAAGCUUUACAGUUUUCCUGUAUUGACACGAAGAUUGGCAGAAUUAAAAGAUCACCCAAAUCAAGAUCAGGAAUCAAGAAGAACUAGUUUUGAUACAUCAGACGAUUUAUUACCAAUAAGAUUAAUUGGAGAUUUAAUACAAGAAUUGUCUUCAAUUUUUGAAAACUGGACGUUAUACUGCCGAUUUAUAACCGUCAAAUACUUACAAGAACCGAAACAUAGACAAAAUGGGAAAGAAGUAGUGACAGGAAAAUCACCUACGGAAGACAAAGAUGCAUUACUUUUACCUGAUUUAAUUCGCAAAUCCACUUUUACAAGAAAAAUUAAUGAAAAGCUUUUGCCUUCAUUUGAAACAUUGUACAAGUUUUAUUUCCGUCGUUCCAUAGAAAAAUCAAUCACCAUUGAAGAAUUGCCAUCAUUAGAUGCAUAUUUGGUAUUAAGUAACGAGCCUGGAGUACACCCCGAACAAGUACCUAUAUCUUCUGUUGUUGAAGAUUUGACUUUGGUCCUAAAUAACACUUUGCGUAACAUUAUUCAAUCUGGUUUACCUACAGCAGUGAAGAGUUUUAUUAAUGAAAGUUUCGGCAUUGUUCAACAAGAUUUGUUAAAUGGAUUUUUCAUUAAAAACUUGAAUGACAAUCAACCAAGAUAUAACCAAACAUUAUCAUUGAUAGACCCUGCAAGUACUAUUAACCGUACUAAUAGUCCAAUCAGUAGAAGUGCUACUCCAGAUGUGCAUGGAGGUAGUGGUGGAUUAUCAACUGGUGCAGGAUUUUUGAAGGGAGCGUCAAGUGCCUUGGGAAGUGUCGUUAGUGGUUCUGGUGCAAUUGUAGGCAGUUUACAAACCACUCCCAAUAAUACAAAAUUGUUAAGUUUCAUCAUUUAUUUGAACACCGUGGCUAUGGCACAAGAAUAUUUCACAAAAGUAUUUCAGAAUAUAAAUAAGGACAGUUACUUACAAUCAUAUUAUCCUUUCGGUAAAGACAAGAGUAAAAUCUCAAAUAUUUUACAACAAGAUUUUUUGGACCCAUUUACUAGUGUAAGUAACAAAAUCAUUUCAGAAAGUUUGAUUAAUUUAUACAAUCAACUGAUCAAGAACAAAUUGUUAUUGCUUGUUAAUGAAUUCUUUACAGAUAUUCCAACAGCCAAUAAUGAAAACAAUUAUGUGAUUUAUUCAAGCAAUAACAUAAAUGACCCAACAAUCUUAAUUAAAUUCACGUCAAACUGGCAGUCAUUAAUGAAACCAUACCUACAAACAUUACACAAAACUCUUUGGAGUAAAUUGUUGCGAUUAGUCGUGGUUAAUUUAACCAAUUUGUUAGAAAAGAAGUUGUUCAUGAUAUUAAAUAAAUUGAAAAUUAAUGAAUUGGGAGCUAUAAAGCUAGAGAAAGAUGUUUCGUAUUUAAUUAAUGAAAUUUGCCGUGAUAAUUACUAUUUGCGUGAAAAAUUCGUUAGAUUGACUCAAAUUGUAUUAUUGGUAGGUAUGGAUGAUGAAGAGUACGAAGAAAGCAACCAACCAGUAACUAAAGCUCGUGAAACUGAAGAGGAUGGAGGAGAAGGAAGAGAUGAUUUUGACGAUGAAAUUGGUGGUAUAAAUUGGGUAUUAACCCCACAGGAAAGAAUCCAAAUACGUAAAUACAGAAUUUAG